UGAUGCAUCGUUCUAGGGCGGUAAUACGCCUUGGCUGGAACCCAACAGGCGUCUCUGGUUUGUCCGAGACGAAGGAGAAGAAGCAGCAGCUGAGCUGACUAAUGAGUAAUGGCCAUGACAAACCCAUCAACAGCUUCUGCUAACUCUAUGCGUCAUUUAUUAAUCGCUGUAAUCGGAGCAGUGGUCUUUCAUGCUCUGGAAGCUGUUUCAGUGGUUGUACCAAGUACCAAUUGCUAUGCCCUAGACAAUUCCAGUCGCAUUUAUGAUUUUAGCAGCUGGAUCGGAUACCCUUUUCAGUAUGAUGGGAAGGAAGCUGACUUGGUCGUGAGAUUUUGUAAAGAUGUCGAGACUAGAUCACAAGCGGGAUAUGUGGAUUUUGGCAGAUUUGACAAGUUAAAUCAGUUUGUUGCUGCUUCUGGAAAUUUUAAGUUUGUUCAACAAUAUUAUAAUGGCGACUUAACGAGCUGUGAGCAAAGUUUUGAUAAAUUGGGACGCACAGCACAGGUCAGCAUCAUAUGCGGAAGUUGCCCAAAUGGGCAAUGUAAAGGUGGGCUUGGAUGCAUAUGUGAUGUGACGUAUGAGUCAAAUUGCAGUGCUCUUGUUGAACUUGCCAUUCCAUGUGAGAAACCGGGAGCACGAGUAUUUGAAGGCUAUACAGUUGGUUUUCAUCCACGUUCAUGGGAGAUUGUGUACAAUGGCAUGACUCAAUUAGGUUUUGAAAAGGCUCACAGCGAAUUCAGCUUGAGCACAGAACAAACUCAUGUAGCCCUUUACAUGACAGCAGUUGCUUCUCAAUCUCAUUUAGUGCAAAAACCAACAAUUAAGGUUUUCCCGGAGCAAGGUUUGGAAAUUAAGCUUUCAGGUUCAGGAGCAACUGGUGGUGCACCAACAACACUAUCACCCACCAUUUUAACCAUAGAUUGGACAUGCACAGAGGCUCGUGAUGUGCCAUAUGAAGUUGAAGUCACCAUCCCAAUAGAGAAUUACGAUCCUAUUCUGUUUACUCUAGCAAAAACCUGUGAAUAUGGGCAAAGUGAAGGUGGGGAUGCUACCAGUGGAUGGGCUAUAUUCGGGAUACUGUCGUGCAUAUUCAUUGUUCUCUCAACAUUGUUCUGUGUCGGAGGGUUUGUCUAUAAGACACGAGUAGAAAACCAGCAUGGACUUGAUGCUUUGCCCGGAAUGACAAUUUUAGCUGCAUGUUUGGAAACCGUCAGCGGAGCAGGGCAUUCCAAUAUACGACCAGCAGAUGUUAAUGAUCCCUUCAUAAGUCAGGCUUCAUGGGAAAACCAUCCUGCUCGUCCUCAAGGAACAACGAGAAGUAGAGACAAUAGAUAUGGGACAAUUUAAACUCGCACACUUCAGCUUUUUGGUUCAAGUGAAGAAUUUUGCAUACUGGUUUACAGGGAAAGUUUUUGCCUUUUCGGAGAAAUUCAUGCUGCAUUCCAAAAAUACCGGGUCUUCCUCCUAGGUCACAAGCUCAAGAAAGAGAGACUAGGAUUUUGAUCCCUUCUCCGACGGUCAAACUUCAAUAUGAAGGAUAAGUUACUAUUGGCCGGCAUUUUCCACUUUCUUUGUCUGAGGGUGAUGAUUCAUUAUUGAUUUGGGAUGAUAACAGCGUGUUACGUCUUAACUAAGCCAUGCUACAAACGCCAAAAUAGAGGAUUAGCCAUCUCUUUUUCGUCUCCCUGUGUCUCUUUUUUAUACUACUACUAAAUGUAAUGUAAUGAGUGUGUUUGGAUUUAAUUGGUAUGUCAGACAAAUUAGACCGGCACUUCUCCUA